CCAUCUCGCAGACCCCCACUCUCCUCCGCUUCUCCUCUCCACACGCUCACGCUCAUGCUCAGGCGCGCCCGCACUUCCAUGGCCGCCGCCUCCUCCCCGUCUCCCCUUCCUUCAUCUCGCCUCUUGCGGACUUUAUGGGUGUGCGUGUGCUAGAGUGUGUCGUGUGCUAAGAGUAGAGGCGUCUUGGUUUCUUGGUGAAGCGAGGAGUGGUGAUCGAUCAGGGGAUUCAUCGUACCGGUGCAUGGCCUGCAACAACCCGAUGAGGCGGACGACGAGCUUGACGGAGUUCGCGCCGCCGUCCGUGCUGGCCGUGGUGCUGGAGGACGAGUACGAGGACGAGCAGGUCGAGGCGGCGGUGGAGCAGGCCGACGGGGGCCAGGACUGGCUUGCGGCGUUCGGGGCCGGGGGCGGCGGCGGCGGCAGCAGCGGCGCGGCGGUUGGACCCCCAAGCCGGGACUGGAUUGCGGCGUACCGCGCGCGCGCGGCCCCGGCGCGGGCGGGGCUUCGCCGGAACUCCGCCGACUACUCCAAGGUCGAGACGGCCGCCUUCCUCCGGCACUGCGGCCUCUGCCGCCGCCUCCUCGGCCCCGGCCGCGACACCUUCAUGUACAAGGGCGAGGCGGCGUUCUGCAGCCUGGAGUGCCGGCAGCAGCACAUCACGCACGAGGAGUGGAAGGACAAGUGCACGACCAGAUCUUCGGCGGCGCCGCCCACCAGCCGCGGAGGCCGCCGCUCCAGCAAGACCGACAACGGCGGCACGGUGGCGGCGGCGUGACCAUCGACGAGCUCGUCGAUGCAGCGCGCGGCGGCGUGAUACCGAUCAUCACGCAUCAUCUACCCUAUAUAGCGCACUUUCUCAGAGCUCCUACGCAUGUAUUACUCGAUGGUACGUUCGUGCGGCUGAAAUGUAACUAGCAGUGGUACUGAUCGAUCACCACUUCAUAGCUUCUUCUCAAUUGUAAUUGGAGCUCGAAUCCGUUUGAGAGAUUA